UGUAUUCUUAAUUCACGUUCUCUCUCUCACUACAUCUGAAAUGGACUGUAUUUAAUAAAAUGUAUUAUGUAGUGUCAAAUAUUAGUGUUAAAUGACUGUUACACAUUCACUGUAAGAUCAGUAGGCAUAUCAGUCAGAUAGAUCAAAUUAAACACAACAUUUUUUAUGACAAGUGAGGCUGAUGCUCUAAUUCCAUUUGCUCAUCGCAGUGAUGUAAUAAUGAACAAUUUUGGAACAUAAUAUAAGUGGAACAUUCACAAUUCACAAUCCUUAGAUGAACACAACUGCUGUAGUAAACCAGCUAAAUGUCUAAGCUGAAGAGCUAGCAAAACCACAUUAAAUAUAGUUCAUAAUAGAUUUAUUACGCAAGGAAUGAAUGAUCAGGAAGAGACAGCCACCUCAACCAAAUUUCAAAGAUGCAUCAUGGAGAGGAAAAUGAGUGCUAUGACCUGUACAAUCUUUAACGAGUUACGUCUGGAGGGAAAACUCUGUGAUGUGGUCAUCAAAGUCAACGGCAUCGAGUUCAAUGCCCACAAGAACAUUCUUUGUGGAUGCAGCUCAUACUUCCGUGCUCUCUUCACAAGCGGCUGGAACAACAUUGAGAAGCGGGUCUACAGCAUUCCUGGUGUGAACCCAGACAUGAUGCGCCUGAUCAUCGAGUAUGCCUACACACGUUCCGUGCCUGUGACUGCAGAGAAUGUAGAACCUCUCCUGGCGGCUGCAGACCAGUUCUGCAUCCUGGGGAUCGUGAGAGCCUGCUGCGACUAUCUGGAGGCCCACCUCUGUCUGCAGAACUGCAUCGGCAUCUGCAAGUUUGCGGACUUCUACUCCUGCCCUGAUCUGCGCCGCCGGGCCUACCUCUUCAUCCUGCACCACUUUGAGAUGGUGUGUUUCUCAGAGGAGUUCAUGGAGCUCUCUCUGGCACAGCUCUGUGACAUCAUCAAGAAGGACGACCUGAAUGUGAAGCAGGAGGAUGUUGUGUUUGAGGCGGUCCUACGCUGGAUAAACCACUCGCCUCAGGACCGCAAGGCCCACGUCUCUGUGCUGCUGCCCAAGGUCCGCAUGGCCUUGAUGACAGCCGACUACUUCAUGAACAACGUGAAGAACAAUACCCUGGUGAAGGACAAUGACGACUGCAAGCCUAUUAUCAUCAUCAGUGCCCUGAAGGCCAUGUACGACCUGAACAUGAACGGGCCCUCCAACACUGACUUCCGCAACCCUCUGACCCGCCCACGCCUGCCUUAUGCCAUCCUAUUGGCCAUCGGUGGCUGGAGUGGUGGCAGCCCCACCAAUGGCAUUGAGGCGUAUGAUGCGCGGGCUGACCGGUGGGUGAAUGUGACCCGGGAGGAGGAGAGCCCUCGAGCCUACCAUGGAGCUGCUUACCUCAAUGGCUUUGUCUACUGUGUGGGUGGCUUUGACAGCGUUGACUACUUUAACAGUGUACGCAAGUUCAACCCCGUCACACGGACCUGGCACCAGGUGGCCCCCAUGCACUCGCGGCGCUGCUACGUCAGUGUGGCGGUGCUGGAUGGCUGUAUCUAUGCCAUGGGUGGCUUUGAUGGCUACGUACGACUGAACACCGCUGAGUCUUAUGAGCCUGAGACUAACCAGUGGACCCUGAUUGCCCCCAUGCAUGAGCAGAGGAGUGAUGCCAGUGCUACCACACUACAUGGCAAGGUGUACAUCUGCGGUGGCUUCAAUGGGAAUGAGUGCUUGUUCACAGCAGAGAGCUACAGCCCCCAGACCAACCAGUGGACUCUGACCACCCCCAUGAGAAGCAGGCGCAGUGGUGUGGGGGUCAUCGCCUAUGCGGAGCAGGUCUAUGCGGUGGGCGGCUUCGAUGGGGCUAACCGCCUGCGUAGCGCUGAGGCCUACAACCCGCUGACCAACACAUGGCGCACGGUGCCCACCAUGUUCAACCCGCGCAGCAACUUUGGCAUCGAGGUGGUGGACGACCUCCUGUUCGUGGUGGGGGGCUUCAACGGCUUCACCACUACCUUCAACGUGGAGUGCUAUGACGAGAAAACAGAGGAGUGGUACGACGCCCACAACAUGGGCAUCUUCCGCAGUGCCCUCAGCUGCUGUGUGGUGCACGGGCUGCCCAACGUGGCCCAGUACGCUGCCCCCCGGGACUCCCUCCAGGCCCCCCGGGAAGAGCUGAAGCUCUCCGCUUCCAACAGCAUCCUGUCUGUGUGACGCCCCCUCGCCCCUAUCCUUACCCCUUCCUGUAUCCCACUUACCACUGGCAUUUAUCAUGAGAAAAAUAAAUCCACAACUAUGUCCCAGAGGAAAUCCCAUAUGCAUAUAUAAAUGUCUAUAUUUCUUAUUGCAUCUGCAAGGAUGAU